AUGGCUGCGGCCGCGGUUUCGACGUUCUCCCCUUUAGGGUGGGCAGAAGGCGCAUAUGGAUGGAGGACGACGACCCAACCAUCGACGACUGGGUGGGAUGAGUCCGACGUGCGUAUUCGUUUGCGCAUGAUCGCGCGCGCCUGGGAAUCUGCUUCACACCAUCUCCAGGACGACGAACCACCAACUAUCCCGGCACCCAACCUGGAUUCCUUCGACGAGAUCAAAUUAGAUGAUACAGGCGGAGGCGGCAACGGCACGCUUGACAUCAAUUUUGGCUCAACGGACACCAAGAAGUCAGGUUUUGGCGCCUGGGGUACAAACUGGACAUCAGGCACGGGUUUAGGGAGCACGUGGGAUUGGUCCGGGGCUAACAAGAAUGCAGCCGCGAACACGCCAGCAGAGGCGAAGGAAGAGGUCGAUUCAAAUCCCUGGGGCAUCAGCAGUGCAAAGUCGAAGAAGAAGAGCACAACACUCGGGUUCAGCUUCGGCGAAGAAACGGCAGCCGACCCGGAGCCGGCACCAGAACCGCCAAAGGAAGAGGAGAAGAAAGAUGAUCCCUGGGGCUUCGCUACCGCAACGUCGAAGAAAGAUAAGAAGAAGAAGAAGGCCAGCAUUUGGGGCGAGCCUGCGGAAGAGGAGAAAGAAGAACCGCCCAAGGUAGAAACCCCUGCUGACGACCCAUGGGGUUCAUGGGGUACCACAACUAAGAAAAAGGGCAAGAAGGACCCUGAACCCGAACCGCCCAAAGAAGAGACCAAACAGGACGACAUCUGGGAUACCUGGGGCUUGGGUAAGAAGAAGAAGAAAGAGGAACCGGCGGCGAUCCCAGAACCUGAACCGGUCCCCGAGCCCGCGCCCGACCCACCAGCUACCGAAGCGGAUCCUUGGAGUUGGGGAACAUCGGCGAGUAAGAAGGACAAGAAGAAGAAGAAGGGCCUUCUCGACCUCGAACCACCCAAAGAGCCAGAUCCACCUCCAGCGCCUGAGCCGGAACCAGAGCCGGAACCAGAGCCCGAGCCCGAGCCCGAACCGGAGCCGCCGAAAGUUGAAGUAGAUCCUUUUGCCGGUAUGACCAAAUCGCAGAAGAAGAAGAAGAUGAGGGAGAUGGCUGCCGCCGAGGCCGCUGCCGCCGAAGCUGCCGCUGCCGAAGCCGCUGCUGCCGCCGAAGCCGAGGCCGCUGCUGCCGCCGCCGCUGAAGCAGAAGAGGCCGCUCGCAUCGAGGAAGAGGAGCGGCUCGCGAAAGAAGCCGAAGAGCAAGCAGCGAAGGAGGCAGCCGAGGCAGAGGAGGCAGCAAAAGCGGCAGAAGCGGCCAAGGCAGCGGCCGCAGUAGAUGACUUCGGAUGGGGUGUAACGACCAAGAGCAAAAAGAAGAAGAAGGGCAAAUCUGAACCCGAGCCCGAACCGGUCCCUCCACCACCGCCACCUGCUCCUGAGCCUGAACCGGAGCCGGAAAAGAAAGACGACCCCUGGGGCUUCACCACCACAACCUCGAAGAAGGACAAGAAGAAGAAGAAGGGGCUUCUUGCCGAUCCUGAACCUCCCAAGGAGCCUGAGCCCGAACCGGAGCCAGUGGCGGAACCAGAGCCCGAACCAGAGCCGGAACCUGAGAAACCAGCGGAAGAUGACUUUUGGACCAGCCUGGGGUCUUCCAAGAAGGACAAGAAGAAGAAGAAGGGCAAGAGUGCUGAACCUGAGCCUGAGCCCGAGCCGGUCCCUGAACCUGCUCCAGAUCCUCCUGCUGCCGAGCCAGAGCCGGAACCGUCCGCAGAGGAUGACUGGGCGAGCUUUGGCCUCUCUACCAAGAAAGACAAGAAAAAAAAGAGCAAGUCGGCAGAUCCUGACCCUGAGCCUGAACCCGUACCGGAUCCACCAGCUGCGGAAGCGGAGCCGGAGCCAGAGAAAAAGGACGAUGACGACUUCUGGGGCGCUGUUUCUUCGAAGAAGGAUAAGAAGAAGAAGAAAGAGGCCGAAGCUGAAAAGCCCAAGGAAGACUCAUGGGGCAUCUGGGGUCUAUCUUCCAAGAAGGACAAGGACAAGGAUAAGGACAAGGAUAAGGACAAAGAGAAGGAGAAGAAGAAGAAGAGCAAAGAGACCCCGCCUGCAGAAGACCCGAAGGCAGAACCGACCGAGGACGACGACUUGACGUCGAGCAAGUCAGAAAAGAAGAAAAAGAAGAAGGACGCCAUGGCCUUGGUUGAGUUCGGCGGGGAAGAAGACGAGGCCACCCCUGCCGAGGAAGCUCCUCCCGCUGUGCCCGACAUUUCCGACCCCCUUGAUGGAGAUGACUUUUUCAGCUCCUGGAACAUCGGCAAGAAGGACAAGAAGAAGAAGGGAGCCGACGCCGAAGUUGCCUCAGUAAAGCCUGAUGCGAUUGAGGAGCCAGCGGACGACAUUUGGGGGACAUCGUCGUCCAAGAAAAAGAAGGACAAAUCCAAGAACCAACCCGUGGAAGUCAUGGACGAAGAGCCCAAUAUGGAUUCCGUACAACCGGAUUCCGUCGAGGAGACCAGAGACAAAGGCGAAGAUGACGAUUGGGCCGCCUGGGGAUCCUCGAAAAAGAAGUCUAAGAAUCGUAAGGACAUACUCGCCGACCCUCCACCGCCAGCUCCCACCCCUCCCACAUUGGACAUGACUGAGCCUGAAGCAGAACCAGAACCUGAGAAAGACAAAUCCAGCUUUUGGGGCGACUUGACCUCUUCCAAGUCCAAGUCCAAAGACAAGGACAAGGACAAAGACAAGGAAAAGGAGAAGUCUAAAAAAGAACCCAAGUUAAGCGAGAAGGAGCUCAAGAAGCUCGAAAAGGAGAAGAAGAAGGCCGAGAAAGAAGAAGCUGCGCGCAAAGCCAAAGAAGAGGAAGACGCUGCAGCCGCUGCAGCCGAAGAAGCAGCUAAGGAAGAGGAGGAGCGUCUUGCUCGAGAAGCGGAAGAGGCUGCUGUUGCCGAGGCCGCUGAGGCUGCCGAGAAGGCUCGAUUCGAAGAGGAACAGGCCGCCAAGAUCGCCGACGAAGAAGAACAGUUCGCUGCUCUGGAGGCCAAGAAGCUCAAGAAGGGCAAAUUGACCAAGAAAGACCAGGCCGUCUACGAUCAACUGAAGGAGUCCGUCGAUCAACGCGCCGCAGAUCAAGCUGCUGCAGAAGCCGCCGCUGCCGCCGCCGCCGAAGCAGAAGAGGCCGCCCGUAUCGAGGAAGAGGAGCGAUUUGCGAAAGAAGCUGAAGAGCAAGCGGCCAAGGAGGCCGAGGAACAGGCAGCGCGUGAACGAGAGGAGGCCGAGGCUGCGGAGAAGAAGUCGAAGAAGAGUUCCAAGACGGAGAAGGAGUCCAAGUCCAAGUCCAAGUCCAAGGAAAAAGAGAAGGAAAAAGAGAAGGAGAAGGAGAAGAAGGACAAGAAGGAGAAGAAGGACAAAAAGAGCAAGGAUAAGGACAAGGACAAGGACGAAGACCCCGAGCCAGUUCCGGAGAUUGGCAACGAUGAUGACCUGCCCGACAUCGAGCUUACUGAAGAGCAAGUGGAAGAGCUCCUGGCCGACCCGGAACCUGCAGAACCCGAUCCUCCUCCGCCACCCCCGGCACCGGAACCCAAGCCGUCCAACGAUGCGUUCAGCUUCUGGGGCGUUGGCACUAAGAAGUCUAAGAAAGCUCAAGAAGGUGCGAAUUUCGGCUGGAAUGACACGACUACCUCAUCCGCCAUAAACAGCGAUGCCCCGACCUGGAUGCAAACGUCUAUGGCUCGUAAGGGCAAAGGAACGAAGAUUACUGACAGAUUAAAAGCAUUUGAACCGACGCCGCCGCCAGAAGACGAACCAGCCCCUGUUGUUGAGGAACUUGCGCCCGAGGAACCGCCACCAGAGGACCCAACCCCAGAGGAGGAACCUGUUCCCGAGGAUCCCGUUCCGCCGCCUCCGCCUCCGCCGGUCGCGUUGUCAAAGGAAGAGAGGAAACGGCUCAAGAAGGAGAAGAAGCGUGCUGAAGCUGGGCUUGCGCCGCCGCCGCCACCGCCGCCUCCUGUCGAGGAACCACCGUUAGUCGAUGUCGAGGAACCAGCUGACGAGAACAAGUCUUCGGAACCCCCAGGAGCUUUCCCAGCUGAUGAGGACGAGAACGAGAUCAUCGAAGUGAUUGAAAUGCCAGUGGAGAAGAAGAAGAAAAAGAGCAAAAAGAACAGGGAAAAGGACCUUCUUGCUGAGGACGUCCCUCCUCCGCCUGCUCCUCCACCACCCCCGGCCGUACCUGAAGUCCCCGCGCCUGAAGAGCCCACCGCUGAAGAGGAGCUCAAAAAAGACCGGGCCAAGAUCAGCCGCGAAGGUUCAUCGUGGGGCAUGUGGUCGGCCUCGGCACCUCGCGAAAAGGACAGAGAACGUGAGCGUGAGCGUGGCCGCGACCGCGACCGCGAGAGGGAUCGAAAGUCCAAGCAUAAGUCUGAGAGACGUGAGAGGAAACACACGACUGGCGACAAAGAAGAAGGCAAAAGCUCGUCCAAGGGCUCCAGCUCUGGUAAAGGCGACCGCGCCGAGAAAGACAUGGAGACGCCGGCGCCUGCACGGCCAAAGCUCACGUCCAUGUUCAGCACCCCUCCUAUUUCCCGGACGACCUCAACCCGGGACCGGCGUCACGGAUCCAGUGGCCGGCCGUCACGCCGUCACUCUGUUGACCCUACCGGCUUGGUAUCACCACCCUCAGAGAAUGCGCCCCCGAUGUCUUCUAAAGCUGCCAAAGUCCUUGGCGUCGACAAACCAAGCAGACGACGCAAGCAUGCUCCUGCCGACGACGAUGACAUUGUAAUGGUCGGGGCGAAUGGUGAUGGAGAAGAUGCCAGCCCCCCCAAGUCCUCUCGCCGACGAUCCAGAUAUCCCAAAGAUGACGACAUUGUGAUGGUGGAUGCCGACGGCCCUUCGGAGCCACCACCCAUGAAACGGUCCAACUCGAGUGCCAAGAAGGGCCUCGGUGGGUUAUUCAGUGGCCUCCGAACUCCCAAGACGGAGCGUCCGGACCCAUUGCGAAGGCGUCACACAUACGCGACCGAUGACGACAGUAGGCGCGAACGCCGCAAAGGCUCCUCUGGUGAUGCCGAAGACGCUGACCCGUCAGCAAUGACCGACAUGGACCAGGAGGCUCGCCGUGCUGCCCGUCGUGCACGACGUGCUGCAAGGGAUGCCGAGGCCGAGAUUAUCGACCCGGAAGCCGAUGAGGCACGUCGCGCCGCCAAGGAAGAGGCCAGGCGUGAGCGUCGCCGCCGAAGGGAAGAAGAAGACGCCGAGGCGCGGAAGCAAGAGGAAAAGGAGGCGAGACGCGCAGAACGACGCGCAGCCCGCCAACGUGACGAAGAAGACAGGAGAGCGGCCGACGACCGAGAGGCUGAGCGGGCCGAGCGGCGACGACGCCGCAAGGAACGUGAGGCUGCUGCUGCCGCCGCCGAGGCAGACGCGGAGGCUAGACGAGCAGCACGUGAAGAACGCCGGCGCGCCCGCGAUGUUGGCGGAACUGAAGACGAAGAAGCUCGAAGGGCCAGGCGAGAAGCUCGACGCGCCGCUCGUGCGACCGGGGAAGCGACAGAUGGAGAAGAAGUCCGCCACCGUGGCAGUCGAAGGCGGUCCACCCGGGAGUCGGGUGACGAAGCGCUGCAAUCAUCGCACCACCGCUACCGACGCGAUGAGGAGGCGAGGCCGGUUUGGCCCCACUCCGGAACCUCAUCAUGGGUCAAGGAGCACUCCGAUGCGGGUCCGCCCCCGGAGGACGGCGGACAAACCGACGCCGUACCGCAGACCGAGGACGAAGCGCGUCGCGAGCGGCGCGAGCGUCGGCGCAGAGCCAAGUACGAAGACGGCACCGCCGAUGAGGCCGAGGAUCGCCGCCGCAGGGCCCGCCGUGAGGAGCGCGAGCGCAGAUACGGGGCGGUAGCGGAGGCGUCGGCGGCGGCGGGUCGGAAGGCAGCGACGAGCGGCGGCGACAGGCCAUGUUCUCCGACGCAACGGCGACGCCGCGGAGUAGCUGGUGGAGGAAGCUGA